AUGGAGGAGCGGGGCCCACCUGCAACCGGCGCCGACGACCUCAAUGACGACCCAGCUACAAUGGAGGAGCGCGGCCCACCUGCAACCGGCGCCGACGACAUCAACGACGACCCAGCUCCCGCGUCAGAGACACAACUAGUACCAUAUGGCCCGACCCCCAACGAUACCUAUGUAAUCCAUUUCCCUAAAGACCAAAUCUACCGUGUGCCGCCCCCUGAAAAUGCCAUACUCGUCGAGAAGCACCGGCCGGUGACCAAGAAGAAAACGUCAUGCAAGACUUGGUGUUUGGCGUUCCUUGUCAUUUUCCUUGUCCUGUUCUUCAUAGCCGGCAUAACCGUGGUGACAUGGUACUUCGUUUUGAGCCCUAAAACGCCUACAUUCUCUAUAACGCAGAUGAACGUGAAGAAACCAUCCAGCAACGAUUCAGAUGUAGGAUAUGAGAUCUUCUUGAGAGCUGUGAACCCUAAUGAUAAGAUGAGCAUACGUUUUGAAAGUGAUGAAACUUCUCUUUCAAACGGGGAAAAGGGCAUUGCUAAGGGGAAAUAUCCAUCUAAUGAACUAGAUGGUGAUCAGUCGGACGACGUAAAACUUGUUCUAAGCGGAGCAAUUACAGCGUUGCCUGACGACGUCCAGGAUAGCAUAGGAGAUACUAGUUCGAACAAGACGUCACCGUUGUCCCUAAAUCUGAAAAUGAGUGACCUUCCUCUACAUAUCAAGUAUGGAUUCUUUAAGAGUUGGGAUAAGAAAGCGGAAGUCGAAUGCAAAUUCAAGGUGGACAAAUUUGGGUCGAGUACAAAGAUCCUUGAGCAAGAUUGUGAUACCACAUUGAAAUGA